UUUGGCUUUGGCUUCGGUUUUUACUUUCGAGGUUAGGCUGUUGAAGACUUGCAUUUUACAAUAAUAUGCAACGAUAGAAAGUGUCAAGAAAAGUUUUUGAAAAAUCCAUAAAAAUGGUUAAAUUAACUCCAGAUUUAAUUCAGCAGUCUAUGCAAUACAUAAAUCCAGUGAGGGAUCGUGAAUUGGAUUUGAGAGGCUAUAAAAUACCAACCAUAGAAAAUUUAGGCGCAACACUGGAUCAGUUUGAUACGAUCGAUUUUUCAGAUAAUGAUAUACGAAAACUUGAUGGGUUUCCAUUGUUAAAGCGCAUCAAAACAUUAUUUUUUAAUAAUAAUCGUAUAGUUAGAAUAACAGAUGGUUUAGAACAUUGUAUUCCAAAUCUAGAAACAUUGAUGCUCACAGGGAAUAUGAUUCAGGAGCUUGGUGAUAUUGAUCCUUUAAAACCAUUGCAAAAUCUUGCUACUUUAUGUCUACUGCAAAAUCCUAUUAGUGCUAAACCACAUUACAGACAAUAUCUCAUUUACAAGUUACCUCAAUUAAGGCUACUUGAUUUUAGAAAAAUUAAACAAAAAGAACGAGAUGAAACAAAUGCAUUUUUCAAAAGUCCAAGAGGUAAAGAAAUACUGAAAGAAAUAUCAAAGAAGACCAAAGCUCAGGCACAUGGAGCAAAUGAUACAGGAAGACUUCCUAUGAGUGUAAAUGAAAGAUCAAAAAUACGAGAAGCUAUUUCCAAUGCCACAUCGCUUGAAGAAGUGCAGAGACUGAGUAAAUUAUUGCAAUCAGGACACAUUCCAGGAGAUGACAGGCAUCAUAAUGGUAUGAAUGUUAAAGUUAUUUUCAUAUAUUAUAUAAGAAUAAUUUUAUUUAAUGUUUCUUUUUGAUAUAGUUGCAAUAAGCAAUAUGAAUAGUCAUUACCCUAUUUUUUAGUUUGCUUCUUGAACUUAAAGUAAUUUUUUAAAAAGUUCUAAUAAUUUCUCAGUAGAAUAUAUAAAUAGCUGUAUUUUUUUGUUUUGUUUUGUCGUAAAGAUAAAUAUCAAACAAAAUGACUGAAAUUAUGUUGGCAUGUAUUAUUUCAUUUGUUUAUUAAGUUUGAUUUUUUGUUGUUGUAAGUGCAUAACUUCAUUAAGACUAAAAUCAACUAUAUUUCAAUGACAAUUUAAUUUUAAAAUAUAUUUUAUAACACUUAAUUAUAAACUAUUUGAUUAUACCAACUGUAUUUUACAAUAAAGUUAAAUUUAACUUCAUCAUCUUAUCUACAGCCUUCUCUAUUAUCUUGGGUAAUAAAAA